AGAAGCCCCUUCUGAAGCUGAUUUGAUGAGAUAAUUCCAUCUCAUAAAUAAUACGAGUCAGAGACCAAACAUAGAUGGAGCCUCCAACCAACUAUGGCCAUGGAAAUAGGGCCUUUCUUCAGGCCCUUCUUGCCAGAGGGACGUUGACCUAUCCGGAAGCACGGCCUAUAAUUGCAGCCAUCAUCAAUGCCGAUAAUGCAAAGAAUCCCGAUAGCGAGGAAUGCAGGCCUGAUCAGGUGUCAGAACAGAUCUUCAUGAAAUACAUCGACAAAGCUUCUAGCGCCGUAUCCUUGUUUGAUUAUGAGAUCCGGAGCACACAGCAUCAGGCGACCAAAGAGAGAAUCUUCGCGCUCGUUAACACCGCCUCUGACCCCCAAACUCAGCUGGCCACAAUUUACAGUCCAGAAGAGCUAUCAUUUAUCAAAAGAGUCCUCGAUGCCAUGUUUGAGAAAUUCAAUCGGCCCCGCAUGGAAUCCCUUUGUAUCACCGAAAUGCAAGCCAUCAAGCUGGCGAGACCACCACGCAGAGAAAGCCAAGGAGGAGAUGAACCGCAAUCACAAGCUCCAGUAGAUAGAGGGCUAAAGCACAGCGAAGUGGAAAAUGUCCUCGAAAGUCUGGUAGAAGGCGGUUGGUUUGAGAUUAGUAGGGAAGGAUUCUACUCGCUCUCACCUCGCGCACUGAUGGAGCUUCGCCCGUGGCUGGUCGACAUGUAUAAUGACGCAGACGCUGAGCCUAACGACUGGCAACGAAUCAAAUUUUGUGAAGCCUGCAAAGAGAUCGUGACCUGGGGGCUCAGAUGCUCAGACCCUGAUUGCACGCUCCGACUGCACGACAUCUGCCAACAAGCAUUCUGGAGGUCACGACGAGGGACAACUUGCCCCAAAUGCUCUCGGGAAUGGACUGGGGAUCACUAUGUAGGAGAGAGAGCCAUCACAAUGACUGAGGCGUAUCAAAGAGGCCGAAGACGAAGUGGUGGCCAUAGAAACACGUUGGCAGAUGAUGUUAUACGUGAGCAAGGGGCCGAGGAAGAGAGCGAAGGCGAAGAAGUGGGAGGGGGAGAGGAGGAAGAGGAAGAGGAAUAGCUCUAUGGCGGAUCUAAAUAGCAUUGGUGACGAGAUCUUUUGCGCUGCAACCUGGAAUAGGUACUGGCAUUUGGGCAUAUUAAGGAUGGACGGGAAUUAUUAGCAUGACUAUUUACGAAGGAUACCCCAGCAUAAUGCUGUUAUUCAGCUAAGA